GGAAGGGUGCAGGGGGCAGCGAGAGAAGGCCAGGAACAGGGCCACAGCCAAGGCCGGCACCAGAGCGCCGAGGGAUGAACUUCACCGUGGGUUUCAAGCCGCUGCUAGGGGAUGCACACAACAUGGACAAUCUGGAGAAGCAGCUCAUCUGCCCCAUCUGCCUGGAGAUGUUCUCCAAGCCCGUGGUGAUCCUGCCCUGCCAGCACAACCUGUGCCGCAAGUGCGCCAACGACGUCUUCCAGGCCUCUAACCCCCUGUGGCAAUCCCGGGGCUCCACAACCGUGUCGUCGGGAGGUCGCUUCCGCUGCCCGUCUUGCAGGCAUGAGGUUGUCCUGGACCGGCAUGGGGUCUACGGCCUGCAGAGAAACCUGCUAGUGGAGAACAUUAUUGACAUCUACAAGCAGGAGUCCUCCCGGCCACUGCACUCCAAGGCCGAACAGCACCUCAUGUGUGAGGAACACGAGGAUGAGAAGAUCAACAUCUACUGCCUGAGCUGCGAGGUGCCCACCUGCUCUCUCUGCAAGGUCUUCGGUGCCCACAAGGACUGUGAGGUGGCCCCUCUGCCCACCAUUUACAAACGCCAGAAGAGCGAGCUGAGCGAUGGCAUCGCCAUGCUGGUGGCAGGCAAUGACCGUGUGCAAGCUGUGAUCACGCAGAUGGAGGAGGUGUGCCAGACCAUUGAGGACAACAGCCGCAGGCAGAAGCAACUGUUAAACCAGAGGUUCGAGACCCUGUGCGCGGUGCUGGAGGAGCGCAAGGGCGAGCUGCUGCAAGCGCUGGCCCGGGAGCAGGAGGAGAAGCUGCAGCGUGUGCGGGGCCUCAUCCGUCAGUACGGAGACCACCUGGAGGUUUCCUCUAAGCUGGUGGAGUCCGCCAUCCAGUCCAUGGAGGAGCCGCAGAUGGCUCUCUACCUCCAGCAGGCCAAGGAGCUGAUCAACAAGGUCGGGGCGAUGUCGAAGGUGGAGCUGGCUGGACGGCCGGAGCCAGGCUAUGAGAGCAUGGAGCAAUUCUCCGUGAGCGUGGAGCACGUGGCCGAGAUGCUGCGGACCAUCGACUUCCAGCCGGGCGCCGCAGGGGAUGAAGAGGAUGACGAGGUGGCUUUGGACGGGGACGAGAGCAAUGCAGGGCUGGAAGAGGAGCGGCUGGACGGGCCAGAAGAUUGCCUUUCCCGGCGGCCCCAGGACUUGCUGGUAGCCCCCACUCCCCAAGUGUCACUCAGCCCCAAAGCGCGCCCCCUAGCGCGCGCGGAGAAGCGCACUCUCUUCCCACGGUCGGUUCCGCACGGGCUUUGGGGACUACGGUGGGUCCCCAGCUGCCUGGGUAAAGCUGGCCGUCGGGGACUGGGGGGCUUGUUCUUCUGGAGCACCCGCCCACCGAGCUGUCUUUCCCGGGAACAGGCCUGCACUGACCAGAGCCUGAUCCAGAGCGCGCGCCUGCAGCGGGAGGCAAGGGAGCUGAGGAUCUGCUCGGCGACCACCGCGCCACCCAGCUCGGCGUCCCGCCCCCGGGAAGGGUCUCAAUAA